GGCGGUGGAGGAGGGGUCCCAAGGGCUUUCCCAAGUCGAUGGACGGAUGGCUGCGAUUUAACUGCCCUGUGGUGGACGGCUUCGUCAGCAGUCCCUUUGGCUGGCGAUGGGGAUCCUUCCAUGAGGGCGUGGAUCUAGCAGCGGAGUUUGGCGCGCCAGUGCUGGCGUCAGACAAGGGCGUGGUGACGUUUGCAGGCUGGAGCGGAGGGUACGGCAAGCUGGUGACUAUAGCGCAUGACAAUGGCUUCACCACUCGCUAUGGGCACUGCUGCAUCAUCAACGCUCGCGUUGGGCAGCGAGUGGCAAGGGGCAGCAAGUGGCAUGUGUGGGGGCAACUGGGCGAGCCACGGGACCCCACCUGCACUUCGAAGUUCGCAAGAGAGGGGAGGCAUUGGACCCGUUCAAGUGGUGCAACUUGUGACAGUAGAGCUGGUGCAGGCAGGCAUAGCAGCAGCGCACACCUCCUCUCUUGCAGAAGGCAUUCUGCUGAGUGUGCUGCGCUGCUGCGCUGCUGUCUGCUGCCCAUCCUGCUCAUACAGCCAGACAACACCAUCCAGGCUGCAACUUAGGCCAUGCCACACUGCUGCCACAGGAGCAUGGAGUGGAGAGUCAGUGGUGUCGCCUGACUGGUAGCUAGCUAGCCCAGUUCUGCACUGCAUACCGUUUUUAAGACUCCCCAAGCUAGGUCUGAAUAACCUAUCGGUAGCAUGCUCUCUUCCCUAAGGGUAUACAGGCUAGCUGUGGGGGCACUAAGCCUGAUAGCCUAGCAUGGCAUGGUUGUGCUCUAGGGAUAUUUACACCAGCCCUCCUGUAAGGGAGGCAAGCAAGAACAGGUGUUGGUGCUCGCUUGUGUAUGGCGGAUUGAAAGACAGCUGCUGACUACUACGGUAUGACUGGCGAACCAGAGUUCAUGUGGCUGGUAGAGGUUCACUGUAUUUGUGAGUGCUAAAGCCUAAAGUUUUGCUGGGGCGUAUGCAGGGGUUCCAAGUGCACGGAUGUCGUCA